AUGAUCUCUUUUAACUUCUGCAAUAAUAAUAAACUACCGCAGGUUGCCAACGUGGUGGAGAUGGAAGUGGUGACGCCCGAUGGAAUGCGCCGCCUCUGCUCCCCCUCCUCCAACUCCGACCUCUUCUUCGCCGUCCUCGGCGGCCUCGGCCAGUUCGGCAUCAUCACCCGCGCUCGGCUCCCGCUCCUCGCCGCCCCUAAAAUGGUGAGGUGGAGACGGGUGGUGUACACGGACUUUGAGAUUUUCGCCGGCGACGCCGAGUCGCUUGUGACUCAAGCCGACUCGUCGACCUUGGAUUACGUGGAGGGGUUUGUGUUCGUGAACGACGUGUCGGAUCCGGUGAGCGGAUGGAACUCGGUGCCGAUUCUUCCCGACUCGGCCUUCGACCCGUCCGAGUUUCUGGCCGACUCCUCCGGCCCCGUCCUCUACUGCCUCGAGCUCGCUCUCUACUACGACGACCGCGCAGCUGACCACGUUGACGAGCGGGAGGAGGAGACGCUGCGGCGGUUGCGUUACAUGAAGGGGGCGGAGUUCUCGGCGGACGUGGGCUACGUGGAGUUCCUGUCGCGGGUGGCGAAGGUGGAGGCGAAGGCGCGCGCUGGCGGGACGUGGGAAACGCCGCACCCCUGGCUGAACCUAUUCAUCUCCGCCGGUGAUAUCGUCGAUUUCGAUCGCCAUGUGUUCCAGUGCAUCCUCCGCCGGGGAAUAGGCGGGCCGAUGCUCGUCUACCCCAUGCGGCGGAGUGGGUGGGACGAUCGGAUGUCGGUGGCGCUGCCGAGGAGCGAGGUGUUCUACCUGGUGGCACUGCUGCGGUUCAUCGCGCCCGGACCAGGGGAGGCGGGGGAGGCUGCGAAGGCGGCGGAGGAGCAGAACCGGCAGAUCCUGCGACACUGCCGGAGUAAGGGAUACGACUUCAAAGUAUACAUCCCUCGAUACGAUAACGAGGCCGAUUGGGCGGCGCACUUCGGCGGAGGCUGGGGCAGCUUCGUGCAGCGGAAGCGGCGGUACGACCCGAUGGCCGUCCUCGCCCCGGGGCAGAACAUCUUCUCCCGGGCCCGCCCGCCCGCCCUUGCCGUCGCCCCGGCCACUGAAAGCAUUGCGCCGCCGCCGGCGACCGUCGACGAUAGGGAUGACUGAUGGUUUGAUCGAAGGAACCCAAAAAAAUUUGUAUUUUCAUUCCAAUUGUUUCAAAACUAUUCCAUUCUGUCCCUAUUUUUUGAGCUAAU